AUGUCGAGCGAUAGUGAGAAUGACUUCCAGACUGUUGGUUAUGCAAAGCGAAUCCUGCGUACGCCAAGAUCAAAGUCUGCUCCCAUUCGCAAAAUUGAACCCUAUCCAUCACCCGAUAAACGAUUGACACCUUCAACAAAAUUACGUUUACAACGUGACUAUCGGUUGGCAAUCAGAGAAGGUUCACCUUCGCCUUUGUCAAGAGAGGUAAAGAAAGAAAAUCACGAGACAGGCUCCUUUACAAAAUCUCCAGUUAGCUCAAGCUCAAGCGUGAUGUCUCUGAGUAGUGCUUCAAGCAGGAACACCACACCUAACAGCCAUCAAUCGCUGCCAAAACCUACUAAAUCACAUUCGAACAAGAUACAGCCAUGGUCAGAUGCUGAGAAUGUCCUUCUCUGGAAGGCUAUGGUGAAAAAGGGAGAUGGAAAGGUGAGUUGGGACGAAGUCACGAAAAUUGUGAAUGACGUAUCGACUACAACACGCACAAAAAAGGCUGUCUCGCAACGGUGGGCAAAGCUUCGCAAUGAGAUUGAGACGAAUCUGGACCCAACCAAUUCAGCAUCGAUUGCACAGAAGCGCUCGCAAGGUCACGGAAGGAGAUCACUUACUGCUUCAAGAUCGGAUGUUUCUGCAAGUCCCUCAUCAUCCCGAGCUUUACGCAGUCGCGACGCCUCAAGCUCAGUCAAAAGAGAGUGA